AAAGUCGUGCCAGUUUGUUUAUUAAAUAUACUACGUAAAGCGCAUAAAAACGAACACACAUACAAGCAAAACUACGCCGGGUUUUUAUAGAGACGCCAACAAGCCAAGCCGACUGCCGUCUGCUCUGUACACAAAUAUAAAUAUUAACUUAGCAAGUAAAACAAAAAUAGACAAUUAGCCAAAAUGCCUGUCAUUUGGUGGAAACUAAUUACAGUCUUUCUGCUCUUUGCGCUCUUCACAACGACAACGACGACGGAUGAUGCAUCUUUCAUGCCCAUACCCACAGUCCUAGGCAAUCAGUCGGCUCACAGAAAUCACCCUGAAUCCGAAACUGAAACUGAGUCAGUGUCUGCGCCUGAGCCACUGCCUGAGUCUUGGACAAAAGCCAAGCCUCAGUCUCUGCCUCAGCCAGCGCAGUCCCAAACCACCACGCACCAAUACCAUCAAUAUCAAAGUCUGAAUCAUCAACAACAGUCGUUUAAAGUGCAGCGCUCACCGGAUGGCAAGCUGAAUCUUGUCUUUAACCAUCCACUCGUCUCUUUACAGAAUUCCCAGCAACAGCCACAGCUAACAAGGCCUGAGCCAGCAACGCAGCCGCGUCGUCCGCCCAACGACAAUAUCGUGUUUCCCGACUCUAUAGGUAAAUAUCGACCAAGUACGCUUAAUCAGUGUGCGGAUGGCUUCAAUCAGAGUCGCUCCUUCUGCACCAAUGUCAACAACUAUCCGGACUUAUCGGGCGUCAAGAGCAUACUAUCGCGCAACUUUGCCAAUUUCUUCAUAAACGAGCAAGUGGAUCAGCCAGAUAUACAGGCAUUGAACACGCGUCUGGGCAUCUCCACGGACGAGCAGUAUCUGUGCAAAAGCCAUGUGAGAAUACUGUAUCCCAAGCUGGGUCAAAAGCUAGACUCAUCCUGGCAGCUGAUUGUCAACACAGAUGAAUUCAAGCAGGGCAUACUUAUUGAAGAAUGCGACAACGAGGGCUCGCCUUGUGACUUCCUGGACAGUUUUCCCAACAACUAUAAGCCCGUCUGCAAGCAGCACUAUGUAGUGCGUCAUCUGGUUACCAUUAACAAUGCCACUCUAGGACAGCCAGAGGUGGCCAACGAGCCAUUCAAGAUUCCCAGCUGCUGCAAGUGCGUCGUCAAAAGCAGCUUCUCCGCCAACAUUGGAGCUUAAGCGGCUGCAACUCUGCAAAUUGUGAUUUGAGCAACAAGUUUCACCCAUCGCAGAAUGGCAGGCCAAACUGUCUAGGGAAUUUUAUAUACUAUUGUAAGCUAGUUGUUUUAUAUACAAAACUAUAAUGUGUAAUUGCUGAUAAUACUGUUAUGUAUUGUGCAAAGAAAAUCAAUAAGAAAAUUAUAGCAAAAGCAGCCAUACAAUGUUUAGUAUUAAGAAUUUAACUGACGCUGCGUUUAUUUUAAAAUAUACGUGUCUAUAUACUAUGUUAGCUUAUAAUGUUUAGUGUUAAUGCAUGUAAUUAGUCCGCGCUUAUGUCCUAUGUCAAGCAACAACAGAAAAACUACAAAAAAAAAUGAUAUAUU